AUGGCUUUCAAUCUCAUGGCUCACAGCGACGUCGACGUCUUCUACAUCACGCUCACAGAGGACGUCACUAACCUCCUCGUGGCAUUUUUUGGGCGGUCAAAUGGGUUUGUGGAGUGCGUGAAAAGAGACCUACCGGAAGUGGGGGACGCUGAAGUUCCCGACAUUUUAGCGCAACCGCAGUUAUACGUGUACGGGCUUAUAUGGGCGAUGCUGAGAGGAGCUACAAUCUUUCGUGGACCUCGGACACGUCAAGAUGUUAUGCGAGCGAUGGCCUCUCGGGAAGAAAAUGGGAAGACAAGCGUGUUUUUCCUCGAUGAUUUUCCGAGCGUUGACCCACUGAAUCGAACGUCUUCUAUCCGCAAGCUACGCUACAUGUUGAACGUGUUUCGAUCGUUUGGGUUAGCGGUGGUCGUGACUGGUGCGUCUGGAGUGAUUCACGAUCUGGUUCGAGUUGCAAUACGUUCUAAAGAAUGUGACGGGUUGUGGUGCGUCGUGUUCCCGUCGAUCCCUAAAUUUCAUGAUCCUUAUGUGGAGAGCAUACCAGGCGAUCUGGGACGGAUUAUCUUGUCAAGUAGACCUCUUUUUGCUGAAUUGGCGGUGGAGUACACGAAGAUGACUCCAUAUCAAUCAGGACAAAUCUGGCAUUCUACUUGA